AUGCUGACCGAUUUGGACUGGCUGGGGCCGAACAUGAACGAUAAGAAGUAUGAUGAUCCAGAGGUGCCCGCGGAGAAGGGUUACGUGUGGUUCACCGUGGAGGAAACCAUCACUUCGCCAACCACUUCGCCCUAUGCUAUCGGAAAAGCAGUGAAAAUCAAGUUGUUGGACGAAGGCAUUGUUCCGGCAUGGCUGGAUUUGCACUACUUGCAGGUCUUCGCAGGUGGAGUUCCACUUGGCUACAUGAGUGAAGCUCACGUAGAUCUUGAGGCGGAGGGUGCAGAGGAGAUGGUGCGCUUGCAAUGGGUGGCGGCAGCAGCAGUUGUGGCAAGGUGCAAGUCUUGCGAACUGCGUCCCACCGCCGUGUGGUGGUGGAAAACAGCUGCAGCCGCCUGGUCUUCAAGGAGUAAAUCCAUGUUGAUUUGUUGCAGUUGUAGCCGGGGGUUACAACACCAGGUUCAUUGGGCUUAUAAGACGCGAAAAAACCCAUUAAUGGGAAGCCUGUUCUCAACUAAUCAGUGGUUUUGA